GGUGUACCCGACGUAUGACGGAUGGCAAGUCGCGGCGGCCCGGCUGCGCUGCUCCUCGCAUGGCCCCAGUACCUGGUACACACAUGAACUGCCCCGGCCGACCUUGCGUCGCCACCAACGGAGCUUCCUCCACCACGUCAACUCCUCCACUUCCAAACACGGUGCGGUCAUCUGUCGCCAGGUAUCAGGUUUCCUCGUCUCCAAACGACUGCUCGCAUUCCCUGGCCUUGAGACUGAGUGCCUGCCUGCGAGGAAGUGAACUGACCGAAACGACCUCGACUUUGGGACCUGGCCCGUGGCUAUCGCAAGCUCACCGAACCUCGCGCCACGCCUAGCUACCCUACCGGCCAUGUUUCGCACAGCAGCAACAGGGCCUUUUGACGAGGCCGUCGGCAAGGCGACCGACGAGAACCUCACGUCCGAGGACUGGGGCGCCAUCAUCGAGGUGUGCGACAAGGUAUCCGGCGAUCAAAAUGGCCCCAAGGAGGCCGUCCAGAGCAUGAUAAAACGGCUUGCGCACCGCAACGCCAACGUGCAGCUCUACACGCUUGAGCUCGCCCAUGCCUUGUGCCAAAACUGCGGCAAGCCUAUGCACCGCGAAGUAUCGAGCCGUGCUUUCACCGAUGCCCUGCUGAAGCUCGCCAACGACCGCAAUACCCACGCCCAGGUCAAGGCCAAGAUCCUUGAGAAGAUGAAGGACUGGAGCGACAUGUUCAGCAAGGACUCCGAGCUGGGCAUCAUGUACGACGCGUACUACAGGCUAAAGCAAAGCAACCCGACACUGCAGCCUCCGAGCGCCCCUCAGAAGCAAGGCUUGACCCAGUCGGACCGUCAGAAGGAGGAGGACGAGCUGCAGAUGGCCUUGAAGUUGAGCCUGCAGGAGGAGGAGCGCAAGAAGGCAGCACCGGCCGGCUCCAGCUCCCAGCCUGGACCGAGCGGCCAGCAAGACGCGAGCCCCGCGCCCCCAGUAUCGUCCGGCACCACAGCGGCGACUGUCAGCCGAGUGCGUGCGCUAUACGACUUUGUCCCCUCCGAGGCCGGCGAGUUGGAGUUUAAGAAGGGCGACGUCAUUGCCGUCCUUGAGAGCGUGUACAAGGACUGGUGGCGAGGAUCUCUUAAGGGGAAAACGGGCAUAUUUCCCCUCAACUAUGUCGAGAAGCUGACGGACCCAACGCCGGAUGAGUUGCAGCGCGAGGCACAGAUGGAGGCUGAGGUGUUUGCGGAGAUCAAGAAUGUGGAAAAGCUCUUAACGCUACUGAGCGCUUCCAACACGGGGCCUCGAGAGGAGGACAAUGAGGAGAUCUCGAAGCUAUAUCACCAGACUUUGGCGAUUCGACCUAAGCUCAUCAAGCUCAUUGAAAAGUACUCGCAAAAGAAGGACGACUUCACUCAAUUAAAUGAAAAGUUCAUCAAAGCUCGGAGAGACUACGAAGCUCUUCUUGAGUCGUCCAUGGCUCAUCCUCCCCAGCACAACUAUCACCAGUACGCCAUGCGCCCCGCGCCUCCUGGCCAGGGCUACGGCUCAGGCGGCGCCGGUUAUCCUGCCCAAGGACAGCCACCUCAGGACCCCCAGGGCUUCUACGGCCAAGGCCCAGUUGGUGAUCACCAGCAGCAGCCGCCGUUCCACCAGACUACUUCUCCACCACCCAACUUUCAGCCUCCAGGUCAACCGCAGGGCAGCACACCAGUCCCCUUCUACGUCGCUGGCUCUGAGGUCCCGUCGCAACCCCAAGGAGGAGCAUCCCAGCAAUAUCCCCCAAGGGACCAUUCCCCACGGCUGAACUCCCAUGGCAAACAACCCACCUCCCCGCCGCCUCAAACUUAUACCCCCUAUUCCCAGCCCGCUGCUCAGAGCCAGUCGACCCCGUACACCCAUGCGGCCCCCAGUCAGCAACGCCCUCAGAGCACCUACGGCGCUCAGGAGCUGGCGACGUCAGUCUACGACUCGCCCAUCCCGCCUCACAAUCCUGGUUUCGCUCCUCAGCAUCCCGGUCCGGGAUACUCGCAGGAAGACCUCCACGCGCACAACGUUCCCGCACCGAGCAACCCCUACUCGCACCAGCCCCCGCAGCAACAGUACCAGAGCUACAGCCCCCCCGAUCAGGCACCCCCGCCAGUUCCCGCAGGACAGGCUCCUCAGGCUCCCAUCAGCUCGUCCAUGUCUCCCCCGCCACUCCAGCCCCACGGCUCCGCCUACGAUGCGCGCCACGGGCUGCCCAGCCAGGGUGUCGGCAGCGGCGGCGAUCAGCCGCAGUACAAGCCCUACGUUCCGCCGGGUGACGGUCCCAGCGCCCCGAACCCAAGUGACUACUACCGCUAGGCCCAUGUCGUUGGGGGGUUGAGGACCCGUGGGCAAGUAUGUGCAGGUUAGAAAGACUGCCAAGCGGCCUGGGUACAGGGAUGGCGCAUUUGUCUACUGCAGAUAGCGUAAUGUUGUCGGGUUCACUUCGCGAAGCCAGCUUGGGGGUUCUCGGUGUCGGAUGCCGUUGAAUGCUUAACGUGUACACAAGAACAAUCUUGGUGCCAGACAUGCCAGCGGAGACCAGCUUCUAUCGUUGCCGUAUGUUGUUCUAAUGCCACAAGCCAUCUACAUCCAUUCGUUGCAAAACUCUCC